GGCGCGCACCCGCGGAGCUCGCGUUGAGCCCAACAAGAGUCAAGGCAAAAGCGUCAAAACAGCACCAGGACGACAAGGAGAGCCUCCCCCUGGAAAAAAACACAGUAAUAAUACUAAAACGCGUGGGAGAAAAAUCCGUGAAUAUGCCAGCGGAGAAAGGAUAAUGAGAGACCUUAUUAUCGCUGCAAAGGAGAACCAUUCCCGAAAAAAAACCAUACAUGCAGCGUCCAGACCACACGGAUAUUUGGAGUACAUAGGCUACAAUCCAGACUGCAAGUGAAGAACACCCCCGAGGUGGCCAAACGUUGCCCCUGCUUUUUUUUUUUAAUUUUUUUUUAAUUUUUUUAUUAAUUUCCAGAAAGGCAUGGGGGGAUUUACACCUCGACAAGGCAGCACUGGAUAGGAGAUCUGACAAGCGCAGAGAGGACAGUGAGUGAGGACCUUGCUGCAGAGAGGACUCGGGCGACUGUCACUGUUUCGGCUGGUGGGCUUCAAUAUCACAGCUGAUGACUGUCCCUCAGGAAGCCAGAGUACAGGGCUUAGUGGCAAGCCUGCGUGUUUGCUGAGGGGCGUGCCCCGGCUUGUAUGUUGGUCACCUGCACUCGCUCUCGCUCACAGGGACCAUGUGGUUUUCUCCAAGGAGAAACCGUUUCCCUUCACAGAACUGCCACGGCAUCCACAAGUGCACGAGUUUCAGCGUGUCUUUGUGGGUGUUGAGUUUUUGCUGGUGCUUUUUGGCGGGGAGAGGUCAACACUACCACCCCACUGUGAACACGCAGUAUGGGAAACUCCGAGGGGUUAGAGUGCCCCUGCCCAGUGAGAUCCUGGGGCCGGUCGACCAGUAUCUGGGGGUCCCGUACGCGGCCCCACCUGUGGGAGAGAAACGCUUCAUGCCCCCGGAGCCUCCUUCUUCCUGGUCAGGGAUCAAGAACGCCACCCACUUUGCUCCCGUCUGCCCCCAAAAUAUACACAAUGCUGUGCCAGAGAUCAUGAUGCCAAUCUGGUUCACCUUCAACCUGGAUAUAGUUACCACAUACAUACAGGAUCAACAUGAGGAUUGUCUUUACCUAAACAUCUAUGUUCCAACAGAGGAUGGGGCCCAUGCAAAAAAACAGGGCGAGGAGUUAUCGGAUAACGACGGUGAUGAAGAUGAAGACAUACGAGACACUGGAGCCAAGCCGGUGAUGGUCUACAUCCAUGGAGGAUCCUAUAUGGAGGGGACAGGCAACAUGAUCGAUGGGAGCGUCCUGGCCAGCUAUGGAAAUGUCAUCGUUAUCACUCUCAACUACCGUGUUGGAGUCCUCGGUUUCCUCAGUACAGGUGACCAGGCUGCCAAAGGGAACUACGGGCUGUUGGAUCAGAUCCAGGCUUUAAGGUGGAUCAGCGAGAACAUCGGCUUCUUCGGAGGAGAUUCCAACCGCAUCACUGUGUUUGGUUCUGGGAUUGGAGCUUCCUGCGUCAGCCUGCUAACCCUCUCCCACCACUCUGAAGGUCUGUUCCACAGAGCCAUCAUUCAGAGCGGGUCAGCCCUCUCCAGCUGGGCGGUAAACUACCAGCCUGUCAAGUAUACACGUCUCCUGGCGGAGAAGGUGGGCUGUAAUGUCCUGGACACAUCAGACAUGGUGGACUGUCUGAGGAAGAAGAGCUCCAGGGAGCUGGUGGAGCAGGACAUACAACCCGCCAGGUACCACGUGGCCUUUGGACCUGUAAUCGAUGGCGACGUUAUUCCCGAUGACCCCGAGAUUCUAAUGGAGCAGGGCGAAUUCCUCAACUACGAUAUCAUGCUGGGGGUCAACCAGGGCGAGGGGCUUCGCUUUGUGGAGAAUGUGGUGGAUUCGGAGGACGGCGUGUCUGGAAACGACUUUGAUUUCUCCGUUUCUGACUUCGUGGACAGUUUGUACGGGUACCCAGAGGGAAAGGACACACUGAGGGAGACCAUUAAAUUCAUGUACACGGACUGGGCAGACAGGGACAACCCAGAGACCAGGAGGAAAACGCUGGUGGCCUUGUUUACUGACCACCAGUGGGUGGAGCCAUCGGUGGUGACCGCUGAUCUCCACGCUCGCUACGGUUCACCCACAUAUUUCUACGCCUUCUACCACCACUGCCAGAGCCUGAUGAAGCCUGCCUGGUCAGACGCCGCCCAUGGGGAUGAGGUGCCCUAUGUGUUUGGAAUUCCUAUGAUCGGUCCCACUGACCUUUUCCCUUGUAACUUCUCCAAGAAUGAUGUCAUGCUGAGUGCUGUGGUCAUGACCUACUGGACCAACUUUGCCAAAACUGGAGAUCCCAACAAACCAGUCCCCCAAGACACCAAGUUCAUCCACACCAAGGCCAACCGUUUCGAAGAGGUGGCCUGGUCCAAGUACAACCCCCAGGACCAGCUUUACCUGCAUAUCGGCCUCAAGCCACGUGUGCGUGACCACUACCGUGCCACCAAAGUGGCCUUCUGGAAACACCUAGUGCCCCAUCUGUACAAUCUCCACGACAUGUUCCACUACACGUCCACCACCACCAAAGUGCCGCCCCCAGAGACCACGCAGAACAGCUUGUCCACCAAGAGGCCCAAUGGAAAAAACUGGCCGUUCAACACCAAACGCCCCCCCAUGUCACCGGCCUACAACAGUGAGGAUAAAGACUCCUGGAGUGAUGACGAGGAGACGGGGCCGCUCGUAGUGGAGAACCCGCGGGAUUACUCCACCGAGCUCAGCGUCACCAUCGCAGUAGGAGCCUCGCUGCUGUUUCUCAACGUCCUGGCUUUCGCAGCGCUCUACUAUCGCAAGGACAAGCGCCGGCAGGACUCUGGUCACGGGCAACCCAGCCCGCAGCGCCAGACCACCUCCAAUGACAUUGGUCACCACGCGCCGGAGGAGGAGAUCAUGUCGCUGCAGAUGAACCAGACCCACCAUGAGUGUGAGGCAGGGAACAGCAAUGAAGGGGCGCUGCGCCUGGCCUCGCUCCCCGACUACACGCUCACGCUGCGGCGCUCUCCGGACGACAUUCCCCUCAUGACCCCCAACACCAUCACCAUGAUCCCUAAUUCUCUGGUGGGCAUGCCCAACCUGCAUCCUUACAACACCUUCACAACUGGCUUCAACUCCACCGGCCUGCCGCACUCCCACUCAACCACCCGCGUAUAGCUUUAAGGAGGCCAGGGGGCAGAUCGUGCAGGCGGGGAAGGAGGAGGCGGUGGCGGAGUGGUGGAGGAGGAGCAGGGGGAUGAAGGAAAGGAGGAGAGGAUUGUGUUUUAUAAAUAUCACGGCGGGGAGGGCAAGAGUCGGAUUAAAACAUGUGGAGAUUUAACUAGACUUUUACUAAGAGGAGAGUUGCUCAGAGCUCUCUGUGGAUGUCAAGUUGUGCAGAGCUGCCAAAAUUAAACUGCUUCCCUUCUCCUAACAAGGAGAGGUGGUCUUUCUGCAGUGUUUUUUUUUCUAAAAUAAUUAUUUUAAAAGCCUUUUUAAGCAGACUGAGGAGAUAUCAACACUUUUUUUUCUUGAAUUCAUAACAAAAACAAAGAGAAGUGCUUUUUAUUUCCCAUCCUGCAGGAGACACAUCUGGAACAGUGGUCUCUUCAUCGAUAUACGUGAAAUGUUUUUACUUGCUUCUUUGUUUUCUUUUAUGUUUCAAUGCCUUACAGAGCUUGUUGUUUUUUUGUCAUUAUUUCUACUCCCUGAGAUUAUUCCAUGUGGAGUGUGCUACGAGCAGAAGAGACUCAAAUAUCAGAGACGGGAUACAAGAUGGGAGUGCAGAGGAUGUGCAGAUGUAGAGAUUUUUAAUACAUUUUGGAAUUAUUUUUUUUCCUGUUGCACACCGAUACAACAGCCACACAAAUUGUGUGUUUAGGUUUUUUUGUUAUUUUGGGGUUUUUUUUAGCUUGUAUAGAUAUUACUUGUGUGGGACAGCUCUUGCCAAGAGGUGAGACAGCAGAGAUAAAUACUAUGUUGCUGUGAUUGUUUUGUUUCGAGAAAAAAAAAAGUGCAUCUUUUAUAGCCAAUUUAUUGGUCUCCACACAAUGCGCACGUACACAUGCUGCUUUCAGCACCAGUGUGUUUGUGUGCAUGUGAGAAGGAGCUCUCAUUCCCUACGUGUGAGUGCAGUCAAGAGGCUGAUGUAGAGGAAGGUGCACAUUGUCGGAACUAGCCAAUGCAGGAGUCGGGAGCGAGAGUGUAUGCGUGUGUGAGGGAAUGUGCGUGUGCAUCCGUUCACCAGGUUUUUUUUUGGUUUUUCUUUGUUUUUGUGCUUUUUUUGUAGUUUUAUAUAGUACUUUUUCUUUCUUUUCGUUGAUUUUUGGGCUUGGAGUUGGGGAGAGGGAGUAAGUUCUCAUGUUGCUGAUUUUGGUUCACCAUAAGUAGUGUUUCUGCUGCGUCUCUAGGUGUCUGUCUUUGCAACAUAGCACUUUUUAUUUUAUUUCAAGAGUUAUAUACAGUAUGUCUAAUUUUGCUUAAAGAUUACAAAAUAAAAUCUAUAAUUUUAUGUGUAAGACAAAAAAAAGCUAAAGAUUCAAAUGAACUAACUGAUAUGAUUCCAUUGACUUUGUAAGAGCUCAAAAGCAGACAGUGGCCUGUUUGCACUGACUAAACCUACAUCAGUGCGCACUUGUAUUUCUUUGAAUAUAUAUAUAAAUAUGGGAAUACAUACAUAUAUGUAUAGGGCUUCUAUGGAGAUAUCAUUCCCUCUUACAAAACAUUUAAAACACUGUUCAGACUGAAAAGCACCAACACAAACAUUUUCUGUGUAUUAUUGUCGUCAUUUAAAAACAUACCAGGCCAAGAACCUUUGAGGUGUCUUUGUAAGAGCUCUAUAUCUAUAUUUAUGUAUAAAAUAUUUAAUAUUUAUUUAUGUAUACCAGAUGCAUACAUGCUGAUUGUGCCAUGUGCCAAAUGGAAACUGUAAAAAAAUGGAGAAUAUAAAGUUUCACUAAA